GCGGCCCCGUAGCGUCUAGGGGAGCCCCGGGCACCGCGGGCUCGGUUUGGGUUGGAGGUGCCGUGGCCGUGAUGUGGAUUUGCGGUUUUUCUUUCAGGUGGGGUUUCAGCACAGCGUCGGCCUGCCAACCCGCGGGCAGCUCGGACGGGGACAGAGAGGCUCGGCGGUGGGGCUGCUGCCUCGGGCUGCCCUGAGCGCGCACGGCUCGCUGAGCAGAGCAGCGGACAGAAGGCUCCGUUGGUGGAGUUACUGCUAUGGUUGGAAGGGUGCAGUGCAGCGUGGCCGCAUAAAUGCUACGCGAGGGUCAGCUGCUGGGUUUGCUGUGUGUGAUCCUAAGAGUAAGAAGCAUUUUGGAAGGAGGCUCCUCCUGGGAAGUUUGGCACCUUGGAGGAGAAAGGAUGGCUCAGGAGACGAACCAAACCCAGGUGCCUCUGCUGUGCACCACCGGCUGCGGGUUCUAUGGCAGCCCACGCACCAACGGGAUGUGCUCUGUUUGCUACAAGGAAUUCCUGCAGAGGCAGCAGAGCAGUGACCGGAUCAGCCCUCCAGCAGCCAGCAGUCCCAGCAGCAGCCCUGUGGCAUCAGACUCCAUGGCAGGGCAGCGGGCAGAGGAGGACUCCACACCUGAGGAUGCGAAAGCCAGUGCUCAGACUCCUGUGACCCACCAGAUGACAGCCAUGAGCAUAUCCAGAGAGGAAGGCAGCAGUGAGACAGAAGGGCUCGCCAAGACAGAAGAGGCCACCCCAGCAUCUUCCUCAUCAGGUGCCCUCCUUGAAACAUCACAGAGUGCAGCUGAGGACAAAACUUCUCCGGAGAAACCGAAACAGAAGAAGAAUCGCUGCUUCACGUGCCGGAAGAAGAUUGGGCUGACUGGCUUCGACUGUCGCUGUGGGAAUCUGUUCUGUGCCAUUCACCGAUACUCAGACAUGCACGCCUGCCCCUAUGACUACAAGGCAGAAGCUGCUGAGAAGAUCCGGAAGGAAAACCCCGUCGUUAUAGCUGAGAAGAUCCAGAAGCUGUGAACGGGGCUGAGCAGCUCGAACUCCAGCCUGGUAGCCUGGUGCUCCUCCCCGUCCUCCCAGCCUUCCCCCCUCCUCCCAGCCCCGUCAGUGGAUAUGGGGAUCCAGCAGCACACGCAAACCAGCACCCGGACCGGGAUAUUCCUUGCACCUCCUUGACAGAAGCAUGGUGUUCUUCCUCUCCCUACAAUCCUUCAGGGCUCAGCAGAUCCAUUUCUGUCCAGCUUUCACGAGGACACUGGCCCGACUCUGCCUCACCCACUGCAGCACUGAGACCACGGCAUUUCUCCUCCCCAGCCAAGCCACCCCUUCGUCCCACGGCUCCAGGUCCUGCAGACUGCCUGGGACUCAUGGCUGGAGCUCCUGAGCUGCCUCCAGACUCCCCUCCCUCCACCCCACCCCCUCCUCCUGAUGGCUGCAGAGUGGGGAGCCAAGGAGUCCCAGCGACGAUCCCGUUCCCCACAAGGUGUUUGGUCUCAGAUGCAGCAAAGAGGAUUCUGUAGUUUUAAUGCUCCCAACCCCACACCCCUUUUCCCUUUGAGAAGCUGUUGUUGAAGCAACUGCAUCGUUAAGCUGCAGAGUAUGGCACAGUAAAGUUAUUUUGUGGCUUGCCGUGA